ACAAGGCCCGAUUUCGUUGAGUUUGGAACUCGGAAGGUCGGAAGCUGCUGGCCCAUUUCAACUCGAGCAAAUGAAGCAAGAGCAGAAGAGAGAACAAAAGGAAGGAUCGCUUAAACGAUGUUGAAGUCGAGAAUUCGAUUCGAUUUUGUUGCCGUAGCUUCGUUGUUGCUAUUUGGAUCAUGGGUUUUGGCAGACGAUGUAGUAGUCCUUACGGAAGAAAGCUUCGAGAAGGAGGUUGGCCAAGAUCGCAGCGCUCUCGUCGAGUUCUAUGCUCCCUGGUGUGGGCACUGUAAAAAGCUUGCUCCAGAGUUUGAGAAGCUAGGUACAAGCUUUAAGAAGGCAAAAUCUGUUUUAAUUGGAAAGGUUGACUGUGAUGAGAAUAAGAGCCUUUGCAGCAAAUAUGGGGUUUCUGGAUACCCCACAAUCAAAUGGUUUCCCAAAGGGUCUUUGGAACCAAAAAAGUAUGAAGGUGCACGUAAUGCAGAAGCCCUUGCCGUGUUCGUGAAUUCUGAAGGAGGAACCAACGUGAAGAUAGCUACAAUACCAUCCAGCAUAGUGGUGCUAACUCCAGACACUUUUGAUAGAGUUGUUCUGGAUGAAACAAAAGAUGUCUUGGUUGAGUUUUAUGCACCAUGGUGUGGCCACUGCAAACAACUUGCACCUACUUAUGAAAAGGUUGCAACAGCAUUCAAAUUGGAUGAAGACAUUGUGAUCGCCAAUCUUGAUGCUGACAAAUACAAGGAUUUGGCUGAAAAGUAUGGUGUAAGUGGAUAUCCCACCUUAAAAUUCUUUCCAAAGAGCAACAAAGCUGGUGAAGAUUAUGGUGGCGGCCGAGAUUUGGAAGAUUUCAUCUCUUUCGUUAAUGACAGAUGUGGCACUAGUCGGGAUGGACAAGGACAACUUACUUCCAAAGCUGGGAUAAUUUCAACUCUGGAUAGCUUGGUUAAAGAGUUUGUAAGUGCUGGCAAUGAUGAGAAGAAGGCCAUCCUUUCUCAGAUGGAAGAGGAAGUUGAAAAUCUGAAGGGCUCCUCUGCAAGAUAUGGUAAGAUCUACUUGAAAGCUGCCAAGAACAGUGCGGAGAAAGGUGCAGAUUAUGUUAAGAAAGAAAUUCAGCGGCUUGAGCGCAUGCUUGAUAAGUCAAUCAACCAAGCGAAGGCCGACGAAUUUACUCUCAAGAAGAACAUCCUGUCUACCUUCGCUUCAUUGGAUGAAGUUCGUCAAGGUUGAGAAUAAGCUGGUUUUCAUGCACUCAGAGCUCAUUUUUGCGCCUGAAGAUGUUAUUGUAGAAGGAAUAAGAUUGUAAGCUGGCAAAUGUCUUUAUUGUUUGGGCCUCUUUGGUGGUGGCCUACCUUAAGCCCUAAAGUGGCCCAUGAUGGCAACGUCCUUUCUUCUGUACUCUUGA